UAUAAACCCCAUGCUCCAAUUCUGUAAGCGUUUAGAACAUAAAGGAAUUAAAGUCACACUAGCUACUACACGUUUCAUGAUGAAGACCAUGCACAAAGAAUCCGGUUCCAUUGUAAUCGACACGAUCUCCGAUGGGUACGAUGAAGGCGGGCGGAACCAAGCGGAAAGCAGCGAAGCCUACUUGGCGAGAUUUCAAGAGGUGGGCUCGGAAACAUUGUUCCAGCUCGUUGAGAAGCUUCGUGCCUUGGGCUGCGCUGUUGAUUGCAUCGUUUACGAUGCAUUCAUACCCUGGGCUCUUGAUGUGGCCAAAAAGUGUGGACUGGUUGGGGCUGCCUUCUUCACCCAAUCUUGUGCAGUAGACAACAUAUACUACCAUGUAUACAAGGGGCUGUUAAAAAUUCAUGUUCCUGGACCAAAAAUUUUGAUCCCGGGACUACCACCCCUCCAAGUUUCCGACCUUCCGUCUUUUGUUAGUGUUCCUGGAUCAUACCCACCUCUCUUUCAACUGGUUCUGAAUCAACUCUCCAACAUUGAUAAAGCAGAUUGGGUCCUAUGCAACACCUUCCACAAGUUAGAGGAAGAGGUUGUUGAUUGGAUGGCAAAGUUUUGGCCCUUGAGGACAAUCGGACCAACAGUUCCAUCGAUGUAUUUGGAUAAGAGACUAACAGAUGACAAAGAUUAUGGUCUCUCUAUGUAUAAGCCAAACACUGAUGCUUGUAUCAAUUGGCUGAAUGACAGAGAAAAUGGAUCAGUUAUUUAUGUGUCAUUUGGAAGUUUGGCGGAACUCGGAAUACAUCAAACAGAAGAACUAGCAUGGGGGCUAAGAGGGAGCAGUUUCCACUUCCUUUGGGUGGUCAGAGAAUCGGAGGUGGCCAAGCUUCCGAAAAACUUUGUGGAAGAGACAUUGGAGNAAUCUUUGAAGAGGUCCACCUAG